GUGAGCGUGUGUGUGUGUGUGUGUGUGUCUGCUCUGCUGUUGCUGCCCUUUGAUCCCUGCAUUAGUGUUAGUUAGGGGCUCGGAGACACACUUGCACCGAGAGCAGCCAUAGUCAAGACACGGCAACAACAACAGCGGCACCUCCUCCGCCUGUGUUCCCAUUCCCCAACAAUACACUUUAAACCGAGCAAAGCCAGGUGCACGACCAAGUCCCUGCCAUCACUGGCGCCUCCAGUCUCAAUGGGAAAAACCUUUUUUCUUCUUAUCCCUAAACAAGGACGAGAAUGUGAUUAAAAACGGGGGAAAAUGCCAAGGAGGAAGCAGGAGCAACCCAAGCGCCUGCCUUCACAUGUGGACAGCAACGAGGAUGGAGGGCCAGAUGACGGUCCUGUGGAGGAGGAAGGCUGGUUUGGGAAUGCUUCUGACACACGCUCAGAGUCUUCAUCCUAUGGAGACACCCAGGAUGAGCUCCUCCUGGCCCGGGGCUCCUCUCCUGACGAACGGCCUGGAGUCAGCUCUGGGUCUGGGGACCACGAUACCUGUGGAGGUGAGAGCUCAAUGGGUUGCCCCACACCCGUCCAUCGUGCCUCUUUGGAACUUCUUGGACUGGAUGGAGGUGCAUUCUCGACCCAGGACACACUCUCCUCUGUGGUAUCGUCACUGUAUGGGGAGGCGGCAUCUCGUGCCCUGGGAAAACCCCUUAGCAGCAACCUACGGCGCCUCCUAGAGGCUGGGUCGCUGAAACUUGACACUGGGGAGCUUCUGGGUCGUUCAUCCAGGGGAGGUGCUGGGGGGGAGUCUCCUCCAAUAGGUCUAGCCCCACCGUUGACCCUCUCCCCGUCUUCCCACCAUGCCCAGCAGUUAAGUGCUCUUGCCCGAAAAUUGGCCAAUAACAACAACAGCGGCUCAGCCUCACCAGCCUCCUUGGCACCCUCAGUCGCCAACAUUAAGCAAGAGCCCCUUGACCCCUUUAACUCUGUCACCCCUAGCAACGGCAGUGGCUUUGUAUGGGCAGGUGUUGCGGAUAAGUGGCCGCCGGCCAGCUGCUCCACGCCCUGCGGCUCCAGCCUGUCGCCGGACUCUGCAAUCCAGAAGUUAAAAGCAGCAGCGAAUGCCGUGCUCCAAGACAAGAACGCUGUGGCCUCAUCCUCAACGACCUCUUCCUCCUCCUCCACCUCUGCCUCAUCUGCAGUGCCCGCCCUCGGAGGGGGUGGUCGGGGAGAAGAUGUCGUGCGCUUUGAUGCCUUCAACUCUCCGUUCAGCCCACAGUCAGCUAGCUCCACCCUCGCUGCACUUUCCAAGAAAGUCAGCGAGCGGAGCCAAGCCUCGUCAACGGCCAAUGCUCCUACUGACCACCAAUCCUCAGCUAGUUCCUUUCUCUCGCUCGUGUCAAUGACCUCCUCCGCUGCCUUGCUCAAAGAGGUGGCAGCCAGGGCAGCGGGAAACCUGCUGGCAGAGAAGAAGGAUGGUUCCUCCUUGCCGACCGCUGGGGUCCUCCAAGAGGAUGUGAAGCCCCUGCUGGACAAAAACCAGAAGGCCCCCACGCCCUCUACUCCCACCCAGAGCCUAGACCUGCUGUUGCCCUCUACGCCAAAGGGUAGAGGCAAACCCAACAGCCAAGCAGGCUCUCCUGAGGACGGUGGCAAACCGUUCCAGUGUCCUGUGUGUGGACUGGUCAUCAAGCGCAAGAGCUACUGGAAGAGACACAUGGUCAUCCACACAGGCUUGAAAAGCCACCAGUGUCCCUUGUGUCCUUUCCGAUGUGCUCGCAAAGACAAUCUCAAAUCCCACAUGAAGGUACAUCAGCACCAGGACCGGGGUGAGACGUUUCAGUGCGAACUUUGCCCCUUCACCUCCUCCCGUCACUUCAGCCUGAAGCUACACAUGCGCUGCCACCAGCACUUCCCCCGCACAGACGUCAAGGUGAAAGAGGAGCUCACCACCGACACGGAGGGCGAGGGCUCCCUGAUGGGUGACAGCGGCUCCGCAGACCUGAGAGGGACGGAGUUGUCCCCGCUGCACUCAGACACCCAGCAGCAGACGUCCCCUACGGUCGAGGCUUCCUCCAAUCACGUCCACAUCAAGGAGGAGCCACAGGAGCGAGAUCUGUCUGUGCUAUCCCCCUUUAGCAUGUGCAGGGACCGUCCCAGCAGCAGUGCCAACUCCCUGGACCUACCUGGAGUAGGGGUAGGAGUCGGGGUCAGAUCCAGUCCUAGCGGUCCAACGACAGCCUCCCUCUUUAGCCCUGACAUCACUACCAAGACAGCCACUGACCUGCUUAUGAAGCUAUCCGCGGCCAACCAGAGGGAGACACUCAAGUCUCCAUUCCACCUGAAGGAAGAGCCGAAAGUGGAGGAAGCACUAAGCCCGAGACCAUCCUCCCAGUCCCAGAGUCAGGUCCAGCCAAGCUUCCCUGCCACUUUCUGCCAGGACGGGCCAGUGGCGGCUGCAGUAGCCACAGAGCGCCCAGGGUCACUGAAACCAAGGGAGGGAAGCCCCAUGGCUAAGAACAGCUUGCUGAGCCAGGAUAUCAAUGUUAAGGUGGCCUCUGAGCUGCUGAUUAAGCUUUCAGUUUUGCCAUUUCCGAUCUAUGCGCUGAUGUUAUCCUGCCAGUUUAUUUGGUCCUCAAGCAGCAUGGCCAGCGUUUAUCCCCACCCAUCACUUACACUAGCUCUGCAAGGUUGA